GCACACACAGGCGAGGUGCAAAUAUCCUCCCAGACAGAUCAUCUCUUGCACAACUCGGGCUCUGUGCUGCCCAGCGGACCUUGAGUUUUUUCCUCCUCCACUGCUCCUCUCCAAGCACGCCUUUGAAGCAGAGCAGCUGAAGAGCCUUUUCCUCCAGCUCAUCUCCCUGAAAGCAGCUCUCCCCAAGACGAGAAGCAGCAUGGUGGGGGUGACAAGGAUGAGGAUGUGGAUCGAGCCGGUGGUCGCAGGUUCUCAGGUGGCCAGCGCUUUCUACGACACAGCACUGCUGCUGGUGGUGAAGAAUUACUACAACCAGUCCAAUGCCACUGCUUCGUCCCAUACACUGGAAGAUGUUCAGCAGAAGGCUAUCUCUAAUUUUUAUAUCAUCUACAACCUAGUCCUGGGUCUGAGCCCGCUGGUGUCAGCCUAUGGCUUGUCAAAGCUGGGGGACAGGAUGCAUCGGAAGAUCCCCAUCUGCUUCCCUCUUCUUGGCUACUUGGGUUCCAAAACUCUCCUGCUCUUCCUGAUCCUGCUGGGCUGGCCAAUUGAGGUGAUGUAUGGAGCUGCUGCCUUCAAUGGGCUGACGGGUGGUUUUACCACGUUCUGGGCAGGUGUCAUGGCUCUGGGAUCCUUGGGUUCUUCUGAGAGCAGGAGGUCUCUGAGGCUUAUCAUCAUUGAACUGGUGUAUGGCCUCGCUGGGUUUCUGGGAAGCAUGGCAUCUGGCUACCUCUUUGUUGGCUUCAGUGACCACUAUCGAGAGGGCACUGUGCUGGUGAGCUGCAGCAUUGCUUGCUAUGCUUUCUGCCUCCUCUACAGCAUUUUUGUCCUUACAGUCCCCGAGCCAGCAGCCUCCUGCCCAGCCAAAAUCAAAAGUGCAGAGGAGGUGGCCAACCAGCUACCAGCCCAUAAAGAAGCAUCAGCAGAGAGUUCCAAACCUUCAGAGAGCAGCAGUUCCACUCCAAUAUCCCCCUCAAAACUCAUCAUCAUCAUGCUGUUUGUGGCAGCAAUCCUUUAUGACCUGGCUGUGGUUGGUGCAAUGAAUGUGCUCCCACUCUUCUUACUGAGGGAACCUUUAAGUUGGAAUGCUGUAGAGAUCGGCCAUGGCAAUGCUGCUGGGUAUGUGAUCUUCAUCACCAGCUUCCUAGGGGUAUUUGUGUUCUCCAGAUACCUGAGGGACAUUACCAUGAUCAUGAUUGGAGUGACAUCCUUCAGCACAGGCAUCCUCAUCAUGGCCUUUGUGCGGUGGACAUUCCUGUUCUACAUAGCACGGGCAGUGAUGCUCUUUGCCCUCAUCCCCUUACCAACCAUCAGGUCCAUGUUGUCCAAGCACGUUGAGGGAUCAUCUUAUGGUAAGGUGUUUGUCCUGCUGCAGUUGUCUUUAGUCAUCACAGGAGUAGUGACAUCCACAGUCUACAACAAGAUCUAUCAAAACACCCUGAACUGGUACAGCGGCUUCUGUUUCAUUUUGUCUUUCCUAGCUGGCUGUCUGAGCCUCCUCCCUUUAAGCAUUGUGGCCAUCAAACAACAUUCAUCCAGUGGCUUCCUUCAGAUUCUGACCGAGCGAUAAAGGCUGUACCAGCUAAAGCAUCUUCUGGUCUCUAUGAGCUCUACCUUCUGAGCAACUGAAGUUGAAGGUUUCCCAAGCAUUGGUCCCCACAAUUAUCAUCAUUACAGGAAGCAUUGCAUUUGUGUUUCAACUUCACAGCAUGCGGCAGCCUCUCAGCCAAUGAGCCUACCCAGGACAAAAAAGUGUUCCUGGUUAUUUCUGCAGUACAUCAUCGUGCAAAGAGCGUGCAUUGGCUAUUGCACAGCAGCAGCCUUUGUCGGUUUGCUUUCCUUCUAAGCUAAGUAGAAAUAGUCCAGUGACCAGAAGAGGGCAUAAAUACAAACAGCAUUUCUGAGCACAUUAUUCAAUAUGGAAGGGGAAAGCUGAGCAUCGUUUCUCCAUUGAUUCCAUCAAGUCUCAGAAACCUCAGGGACUUUCUGUGACUUUGGCUAAUGAAGCAGGGGUAAGCAAGCCACAUCCUGCAUGCAUGCAUUGCUCAGGACAUCCCUGCUCUCCAGCAAGUGCCACAGAAGAUGUGCCAGCCCAGCUGAUGCAUGUUAUGUAGACCACUAAACACAGAAGUAACACCUAAAAAAAAAUAAACAGUAAUACUAAGACAGAUUUAGUAACCACUACAAUAAAACACUGCUGAACAGAUGCUCACAUCCCUGACUUCAGGGAUGUUGUCCCACUGCUCCCAGACAGUGCUUUAAUAGAACUCAUGGGAGGACAGCUGUGACUAAAGAUUUGAUACCAGCAUUUCAGCUCAUCAGGAUUUAUCACUCCUGUAACAGGUUAAGAACAGGUUGAGUGCAGCACCUUGCUCCUGUGGGUGUAAGGACACUAAUGCCAGGUAAUAGUUACCUUGUUACCCCCUCUUUAUGCCAAGUGAAACCCCUACCAAAAGGAACCUCAUACAAUACAGCAACUAGCAUGAGAUGAUACCAGCUAAAUCCAAACAUGACUCAAAAGACUGGCAUGCCCCACAGGGAUCAGGGCUUAAAUUAUGUGUGUAUCUACAUGCUAAUUGAUUUAGCAAUGAUUAAGUGGUUUCCAGGCUCCUAGACUAAGUAAAGGCAA